AUGACUUCAGCAGUCCUGGUGGACAUCCAAGAUGAAGUGACCUGCCCCAUCUGCCUGGAGCUCCUGACCGAACCCCUGAGCAUAGACUGUGGACACAGCUUCUGCCAAGCCUGCAUCACUGCAAACAACAAGGAGUCCGUGCCUGGCCAAGAUGGGCAGAGCAGGUGUCCCGUGUGCCAGACCAGCUACUGGCUUGGGAACCUGCGGCCCAAUCGGCACCUGGCCAACAUAGCCGAGAGGCUCAGGGAGGUGGUGUUGGGCUCAGGGAAGCAGCUGAAGGUGAUUCUUUGUGCGCACCAUGGAGAGAAACUCCAGCUUUUCUGUGAGGAGGAUGGGAAGCUCAUUUGCUGGCUUUGCGAGCGGUCUCAGGAGCACCGUGGUCACCACACAUUCCUCAUGGAGGAGAUAGCCCAGGAGUACCAGGAGAUGCUCCAGGCAGCUCUGACGAGGCUGCGGAAGGAGCAGCAGAAGGCUGAGAAGUUGGAAGCUGACAUCAGAGAAGAGAGAACUUCCUGGAAGUAUCAGACUCAGACUGAGAGACAAAGGAUACAAACAGAGUUUAAUCAGCUUAGAAGCAUCCUGGACAGUGAGGAGCAAAGAGAACUGCAGAAAUUGGAGGAAGAGGAGAAGAAGACCCUGGAUAGCUUGGCUAUGGCUGAGGCUGAGCUGGUUCAGCAGGGCCAGGUGCUGAAGGAGCUCAUCUCAGAUCUGGAGCGCCGCAGUGAAUGGUCAACUGUGGAGCUGCUGCAGGACAUGAGUGGAGUCAUGAAAUGGAGUAAGAUCUGGACACUGAAGAAGCCAAAAAUGGUUUCCAAGAAACUGAAGAAUGUAUUCCGGGUUCCAGAUCUGCGUGGAAUGCUGCACAUGUUUAAAGAGCUAACACGCGUCCAGUGCCACUGGGUGGACAUCACAUUGAAUCCCCUCAACCUAAAUUUGAAUCUUGUCCUUUCAGAAGAUCAGAGACAAGUACUAUCUGUGCCAAUAUGGCCUUUUAAGAAUUAUAAUUAUGGUGUCUUGGGCUCCCAAUAUUUCUCAUCAGGGAAACACUACUGGGAAAUAGAUGUAUCCAAGAAGACUGCCUGGAUCCUAGGGGUAUACUGUAGAAUACAUUCCUGUAAUAUAAAGUUUGCUGUUCAGGGAAGCACGAAUUAUGAAAAUGCUUACUCCAUAUACAGACCUCAACUUGGCUACUGGGUUAUAGGGUUAAAGGACAAAUUUAGGUAUGAAGCCUUUGAGGACUCUUCCACUGCUCAUCCUGACUCAAGAGUCUUGACUCUUUCCAUGACUGUUCCUCCCCGUCAUGUUGGUGUUUUUCUAGACUAUGAAGCAGGCACUGUCUCAUUUUUCAAUGUCACAAACCAUGGGUCACUCAUCUAUAAGUUCUCUAAAUGCAACUUUUCUUGGAAUGCCUAUCCAUAUUUCAAUCCUUGGGACUGUCCGGCUCCCAUGACACUGUGCCCUCCAAGUUCCUGA